GAUCAAAACAAUACCGUAAGGCAGACUAGGCGCUCAGCAGGAAACUCAGAGGACUAUAUUUUCAACGUUGUUUAACCGAAAGAAAAUAGCUUUUUACAGUAAUUAUCUUUGCUGAAAUUGGAUUUAAAAGGCAGCAUCAGUCGCUUUAAGACGGUAAAAACGUUUAAUAACGACUGAAGUGGAAUUCAACCGACGACAGGAUGGAUUUUAUCAACUGAAAACUUCCAGAAGAUGUUGGAGAAAAGAGCCGCGGAGCCUCAUCUGGAGGAGGAGGUCAGGGGGAAGAACGUGAAGGAACCAUUCUGCAGCCAGUAUCGCUGUGGUUCUCUGCUCGGCAGCGGGGGUUUCGGUUCAGUGUUUUCAGGCCAGAGGCUGUCUGAUGGACUGCAGGUUGCCAUUAAACAGGUUUCCAGGGACAGAGUUCAGCAGUGGGCCAGACUGCCUGGUGAGGUCGAACCUGUUCCCAUGGAGAUCGCUCUGCUGCAGCGGCUGUCGGAGGUCGGGGGUCACGGAGGGGUCGUCCGCAUGCUGGACUGGUUCGAAGUGGAGGGGCAGGGCUUCCUGCUGGUGCUGGAGCGACCGCCGCAUUGUCAGGAUCUGUUCGACUUCAUCACUGAGAGAGGAGCGCUGCCCGAACGCCUCGCACUCAGGUUCUUCCGUCAGAUCGUGGAGUCGCUGCGGUUCCUUCACUCUCACGGCGUGGUGCACCGAGACAUCAAGGACGAGAACAUCGUGGUGGACACGAGGACGUUGGACAUCAAGGUCAUCGACUUUGGAUCAGGAGCUCCACUCAAAGAGACGCCGUACAGCGAGUUCGAAGGUACCCGGGUCUACAGUCCCCCUGAGUGGAUCAUGUCUCACUCCUACGAGGCUGUCUCUCUCACCGUCUGGUCACUGGGCGUGUUGCUCUUCGACAUGGUUUGCGGCGACAUCCCGUUCGAGCGCGACCAGGAAAUCGUCCGGGCCACGCCCGUUUUCACCAGACGGGUCUCUAAAGAAUGCCAGUCUCUGAUUCGCUGGUGCCUGUCCUACCGUCCCGAGGAGCGUCCGACUCUGGAGGAAGUCCUGUCUCACCCCUGGAUGGAGGGAGGAGAGGCGGAGGAGGAGGAAGGAGGAGAUCUGCAGGUGGACCACAGCUCACUGCCCAACCAGUCCCUGUAACAAAACCCUGAACACAUAGGGAUCUGGACGGACACAACCCUGAACACAUAGGGCUCACGAACACAACCCUGAACACAGGGCUCAGGUCGGACACAACCCUGAAUAUACAUAGCUCUGGACGGACACAACCCUGAACACAUAGGGCUCACGAACACAACCCUGAACAAACAGGACUCUGGACUGACGCAACCCUAAACAAACAGGACUCUGGACUGACGCAACCCUGAACAAACAGGACUCUGGACUGACGCAACCCUAAACAAACAGGACUCUGGACGGACGCAAACCUGAACAAACAGGACUCUGGACGGACGCAACCCUAAACAUACAUGACUCUGGACGGACGUAACCCUGAACAUAGAUGACUCUGGACGGAUACAACCCAGAACAUAGAUGACUCUGGACGGACACAACCCUGAACAUAGAUGACUCUGGACAGACAUAACCCUUAACAUACAUGACUCUGGACAGACGCAACCCUGAACAUAGACUCUGGUCCCUGGCUUCACUCUGACUGUAGAAGACCUGCAGGACUCCCUCACUCUCAGCCAGCAGGGCGGCGACAGAAACUAAAACCUCACACUGGAUUUAAAGGAGCAGAUCAGCGGCGUCUUCGUGUUUUAACCCUUUGGCUACAAUUCACAUAGACUCAAAGCCCUGUUCAGAACAUUCAUUAUUAUUAUUCACUGUGCUUCUCAGUAAUUGAACCCAACCAAUGGUUAAUGGGUUAAAUCAUGAUGAAACGCUGCUGUGAUCCAUUUACAGAGAAAAUUAUUUAUUAUUUUUUUUUUUCCUUUUCUUGUGCUGCACUCUGCUGUUCUACUGUUUAUUUUAUUUUUAUUUACCACUGUUGGUGAAGGCAGCCAUGUCUGAUUUAUUUAUUGAGUUGACUAUUUAUUUGGUUUUGAAGAUAAGUUGAACACUGAACAAACAGCGGUACAUCACUCUCCUCUUGUUCAUUCUCUACAAAAGUCAUUUUCUAGAAACAACCCCUAUAUAUACUGUUUAUAUUAGAAAGAUGGAGAAGAUGUUCAGUUACUAAAUAGUGGCUUGUGAACUAGAGUGAAGCAGCCAGUUGAUCACCUGUGGAGCUUCAGUAACAGGUGAAUGUCUGUGUGUCAAAACUACCAAAAAUGUCACGAUGCAACAUUUCACAAUGUGAAACGGACGGCUCCACCUGCAGCUAGAAGACCAAAUAAAAAGAGCUGCAGAUAAUCUUUAUUUUGGUUUAUUAAAACAAGUCCUCACAGCAGAGAAGCUGGAAUCAGAGGAUGUAGUUUUAUUGGAGAAAAAAAAAGAAAUAAAACCCAUCAUCUCAUUAAUAACAUCUGGUUCUGGCAGGUGGAGCUGUCUGUGUUUCCUGCUAUGUGUUCAUAUGGACGUUCGCCUGAAAUCUUUGGGAGUUGAUAAUAUGUAGUGUUGAGAUUUAAAGAAUCACCUCGAUAUCAACACUGUUUCUAAUCACUAGAUAACCUCCUAAAGUCUGAGAUAUAAGCAGCUAAUAAUUUUCCUCCUUACGUAGAACCAAAUUACACAGAUCCGUACGAGGAAAUGUUACGCAUCAUUUAGAAGUGAUUUGGACAUGAAUCUAAAAUAAAGAUGGCGUCCAGUAAAACUAGAACAGCUGUUUUUCAGCUCUUUAGUUCGACGGCUGAAUCGUAAUUUAAAGUCAGAACGGAGGUAUUUAUUUUCUGAUUCCAGUUUCAGGUGGAAACCAGUGGACGUGGUUCGAAGUGACACGUUGGUGUUUGGAUGUGAUGUCACUGUUAAUACUUGUGUAUUAUUGGCUGGUUUCAUGAUCAAAGUGGCUCGUUGGGUCACUUGUUUCUGUUUAUUUACAUUAAAUAAGAAUUUAUAGAUCGAAAGAAGAAGAAAAAGAUCUAACGUUUUGAUUAAAAACUUUUUCAUGA